CACCACCAACAACAACAACAACAACAACAACGUCACGUAUCGAGGACGCGCUCGAGCCAGCACCACGCGACAGAGGACUGGACAAGAUGGCGAUCACUGUAGCAACAGAGGAGUUAACCGCCGUGAAGGAGGAGAAGACGCUCGACGCCACCAUGCCCUGGUAGGGUCCCAUUUCUAAGCUCGCCAUGGUCACCAUGGUGAUAUGAAGCCAGUGUGAAACGUUGACACACACACAGAGACACACACAGACAGUCAGUUAUUGACUGACGCAGCCAGCCAGCGCAGCGGGCCGGAGUGUGUAAUGGACAGAUGUAAGCAUGUGGGGAGGCUGCGGCUGGCCCCGGACCACUCCAUCCUCAACCCCCAGAAGUGGCACUGCGUCGACUGCAACACCAGCGAGUCUAUAUGGGCCUGCCUGGGCUGCGCUCACGUGGCGUGCGGGCGCUACAUCGAGGAGCACGCUCUGCAGCACUUCCAGCAGCAGCACCACCCGCUGGCCAUGGAGGUUAAUGAACUUUACGUCUUUUGUUACCUGUGUGACGACUACGUUCUGAAUGACAACGCCACCGGAGAUCUGAAGCUGCUUCGCAGCACGCUCAGUGCCAUCCAGAGCCAGCGCUAUGAGGUCACCACCCGCAGUGGCCGCACCCUCCGCUCUGCUAGCGCCGCCCCCGAUGCCCUCAUGCCGUCCGGCGCCCGUGAGCUGCAGCUGAGGGACGAGGACAGGAUGUUUACAGCGCUCUGGCACCGCCGCAGAGCGCUCAUGGGACGCGUCUUUCGCUUCUGGUUUGCACUGACAGAAUGCGGAAAGAAGAGGGAGGAAGAAGAGAGGAAGAGGGAGGAGGAGGAAGAGCAGAAACGGGAGGCGAGGGAGAGGAGGCGGGUUCUAAAAAGGCAGCUACAGGACGAGCUGGAGAACGCCCCUCUCAGGAAGAGUCGCCGCUUACGUCGGAAGAGCCAGAGAGUUGCAGAUGCGGCAGUCACAACGCCUCAGAGGACACGCAACAAGACAAUAUCCCCCGUGCCCCCAUCGCUCACCUGCAGGACGAGGACUCAGAGCCCUGCCGCUGUCACGCCCAGAAGAAGUGAACGGACGAAAAACGUCCACCCACCUCCCAAACCCCGGACCCGUUCUUCUACCACCAAAUCAAAGCCCAAAACGCCCUCAGCGCCCCCCCGUCCUGCCCAAACACCUGUUCGCCGCAAGCAGAGUACCAAACAGGGUGGCUCGCCCUUCAAACGGCGUCCCACGGUCACUCCCGGAGUGACGGGCCUGAGGAACUUAGGCAACACCUGUUAUAUGAACUCCAUCCUGCAGGUGCUGAGCCACCUUCACGUCUUCAGGGAGUGCUUCCUGCGCCUGGAUCUGACCCAGGCGCUGGAGCUACUGGCGUCUGCCGUCCACGGCCAACUGGCAGGGAACGCCUCGUCCCAGUCCCCCCUGAUCCAGAGGAGGGGGUUCCAGACCAGUUCAGGGUCUGGCGCCGGGCUGAGCGGCGGGGCGUCGCGGACCCGCAGCAUGGAGCUGAUCCAACCCAAAGAGCCCAGCUCGAAGCACAUCUCGCUCUGCCACGAGCUGCACACCCUGUUCCAGGUCAUGUGGUCGGGCAAGUGGGCGCUGGUCUCGCCUUUUGCCAUGCUCCACUCGGUGUGGCAGCUAAUCCCGGCAUUCAGGGGCUACGCCCAGCAGGACGCGCAGGAGUUCCUGUGCGAGCUGUUGGACAAGGUGCAGCACGAGCUGGAGAACACCGGCAAGCACACGACCACCGCAGGAGUCCCGCAGAAACGACUCAUCAAGCAGGUGCUCAGCGUGGUCAACACCAUCUUCCACGGUCAGCUGCUCAGCCAGGUGACGUGUCUGGCCUGCGACCACCGCUCCAACACCGUGGAGCCGUUCUGGGAUCUGUCUCUGGAGUUCCCGGAGCGAUACCACAGUAAUAGCAGGGAGUCGGCCGCUCAGGCGUCGUGCCAUUUGACGGAAAUGCUGGCCAAGUUCACAGAGACUGAAGCGCUGGAGGGAAACAUCUAUGCCUGUGAGCAGUGCAACUCGGCUCGACGGCGCUCCUCCUCCAAACCGGUCCUCCUGACUGAAGCACAAAAACAGCUGAUGGUCCACAAACUGCCUCAGGUCCUGCGGCUUCACCUCAAACGCUUCAGGUGGUCGGGGCGGAACCACCGGGAGAAGAUCGGAGUCCACGUCAGCUUCGACCAGCUCCUCGACAUGGAGCCCUACUGCUGCCUCGAGCCCUCGCCCAAAGGUGUGCCCUGCUCCGUUCCCAGCAGCCCCAGCUCCCCGGGCUCGCCGCGCCCCAAGCACUUCCUCUACGACCUCUCCGCUGUGGUGAUGCAUCAUGGGAAGGGCUUCGGCUCGGGCCACUACACCUCCUACUGCUACAACACAGAAGGAGGCUUUUGGGUUCACUGUAAUGACUCUAAGCUGAACGUGUGUUCGGUGGACGAGGUCUGUCGCGCUCAGGCCUACAUCCUCUUCUACACACAGCGAGUAACUCAGGACAAAGACCGGCCGCUAUAGGACCACAAUCCCCCUCUUCAUCCUCCUCCUCCUCCUCCUCAGCGAGAAGAUAUCAGCACAGCCCCUCCUAUCGCUCGUUCUCUCUUUCUUUGGGCAUUUUAUAUCGUGGGAGGACUGGUGUGUUUUUUUAGUCUAUUUUUCUAAAUAAGAAAAAAAAGAGGACACCUUUUUUUUAAAACCUGGUUCUGCUUUGUGAACUUCUUGUAUAUGGUGUUUAUAUGUAGGUAUUUUUAAAAAAGAAAAAUGGCGAUGUUUGUGAUUUGUGUACAGUUUUUAUUUUAUAAAAGAGUAUCAGCCAAGAUGUCUCUCAGUAGCAGCCAACAGUGUCCUCUACAGGUGCAUUCACGUGUUGUCUGUUGAUUGUUUGUUUCGUUUAAAAUCAACUGAAAUGUUUCUCAGUCACUUUAGAUAGUCGUCGCAGAACUGGAUGUCGGGUUGUAAAAUGUCAUUAACUCACUAGAAAACGGCCUCCCUGUAUUUUAGACAGGUUUAAGAAAGACGGCUGCCAGAAAUGCACUAAUUUCUACAGAAUAGGCUGUUUUUUUUUACGGGGUUUCUAGUUAAAGAUCUGUACACAAGCAGCGCAGGAAUCUUAUUUUUCUCUCUGGGUCUGUCAGGAAACAUUGGCAGACCUCAAGCCAAAGCCUUUGGAGGAAGUCUAUGGAAAAACCUCUCAGCGUUUCCAAAACGGUUCAACAUUUGUGUUUUUUUUAUUUUUUCUCCCCAUCUUUCACUGAGGGAGGAAAAAGUUUCCAAAGUUUUAUUUUGGCUAAAUGCUGCCACCUCUCUGCUCCAGAAUGUAAUUAACCUUCAGCGAUCCAUCCCAGACGCAUACUAGUGUACUAGAAAAGUGCCCUUUUGUUGAGAAUAUAUUUUUAUAUCAAUCCAGCAAAGUGGAAUCUGCUCCGCUGCAGUCCCACCCACACCAGCAUUUACAUUAUGAAUGUAUUUUUAUACGAUCCUCCUCAGAGGUUUUAGACAAGAGGCCGGCCACUGACUGUUUUUAAAAGUUUUAUACAACUGAUGAUUGUUCAACUCCACCAGCAGUUAUGACUGUUUGUCACCAGUAAGUAGCUGUGUGUACAUGCUGUAUUUUUAUUUACCAUCCAGUCAGUACAAUAUCCACAUUCAACCGGAUCUCUGCAGUGUAAUACAGAUAUUUAUCUCCAUAAGUAUUCUCCAUCUCAACCAUGAUCCUUCAAAAAGCACACUUCAUAUUUGUUUUCUUUCAUUGUCAGACGUUGUUGGCGUUUUUGGUUACUACUCCAUGGAUGUGUGUAUGUGUGUGUGUAAAUUUAUGAAAGUUAUACUAUGCAAAUUGUUACCUCAAGUUUUUCUAGAGAAAAUUACCUCAAUAAAUGAGAAUAUUUUUUCAUUUUUCUACAAAAGA